AUGCUGAUCCUGACCUGCUCUUCCAAGCUGCAGCUGCUGGAGAGAGUGUUGCAAAAGGGGCUCCCCGAAACAGUGCUGGUCUGUGGGGCAGUGAUGCACAUCAACCGUGGAAACCCAGCUCAACACGAAGUCGUGGUGGACUCUUGGCCAGAAUUUAAAGCUGUUCUUACCCGACCACAGAAGGAGGUGGUGAAGGACAACAGGGACUAUUAUGCCAACCUGCAUGCUGCUUUCUAUCGGGAAGAAGAUGCCUGCAGAACCCUCCUGGAAAACAAAGAUGCCGUAGACUGGGACAAAGCUUUCCAGCUGCAAGGUCUCCAAGAUGGGCUCUAUCAGGCUGUGAAAGUCAUGGCAGAGGCUAGAAGUGUCCACAUGGAGCCCCAUUUUUACCAGGCAAUGCUGAACCCAGAUGCAGCUACGUUAUGUCAGAACCAGCUCAGAAGUGACCCCCUCCACUUGGGGACGCUCAAUCCAUCCCAUGCAGCCCUACUCAAUGACACUUAUGAAUUUGGAGGCAAUGAUCAGAGCCUGCACUACCUCAGGAGCCUGAUUGAGGACUUCCCAAAUGCUUGCCUCCUAGAUCAGAAAGGGCAGCUGGUUGCCUGGAGCCUAAGUGAUGCCCUUGGGUGUCUGACCCAUGGCUAUGCACUUCCUGAGUUCCGGGGAAAGGGUUAUAUGAAAACAGUGAUGCAGGCUUUAGCCAGAAAAUUGCAUACUAAAGAUUUUGCCUUGUAUACUAGAGUUCGGUCAGAGAACGAGAUCUCCAAGCAACAUUUAAGGGGCCAGGGUUUUCAUCUCUUGCCUUGGACAAAGUAUGUCCUUUUUUUCCAUUCCAAAUCACAUGAAACAGCAGGGGCAGCAUUCAGGUUUCAUUAG